UCGUGGCAGCUUCGCGACUCUUUUUUUUUCACGCAACUCAAUUAAAUUUAAAUAAAUAAAAAUAAUUUUAAUAAUAACCAGCCUAGACUCAAUCUAAAUAUUAGUAACUAACAAUAAUUAAAUUUAUAAUCAUCAGACAAAUAAAUAAAAGCCCGACGCGAGUGUCAUUUGUUUUACCGUAAAAGUUGGUCGUUAAUUUUUUUACGCAUUGUACGUGAGGUAAUCGUCGAUUAUUGUAACUACGAUUGAUGAGUGAAGUUUAAAGACAGUAUAUAUAUAUUUUUUUAUAUAUAUAUAUACAUAUACAUGUACAAAGAGUUAUUAUUUGUUGCGUUAUAUGUCUCGUGGACGAUUUAUUGCUGAGCGUCCCGGACGAACUGUUCGAGUGACGCUUGCGCCAACGGCCAUCGAGGAGCAAAAGUCGAUGAGAUAAUUCUAAGUGUGUUGUUAGUUUUAUUUAUCAUCGUUUAUAAUUAAUUAAUUGAAUAAUUAGUUAAUAUUUAUGUGCGCGAGUGCAAUAUUAAUUUAUUAAUUUUAAAUUCCCGGUUAAAUUUACUUAGGAAUAAAUACAUAUAUAUAUAUAUCAGUAUAUAUAUUUUUAAAAAUAUAAUAAAACAUAAACGUGAUUUACAACUUAGUUUUUCAAUUGUGUGGAUAAUUAAUUUUUAUAAUUCGAUCGUUGGAUACGUCGUAGACCACAAUGAUGACCGAUUGGACGGUUAAAGCGCGACGGACGCUGAGCCGUAUCACGAGAAAAAAUGAAGACACGAGGUAUAAAUCAACUCGUUGCGUGAACGGUGGCGGGAGCCGCGGCGGAUCCGGGGGGACCGGCCCGACGACUGGCGCGACCGGAGGCACCAACGGACUCGUGGGAGAUCUCAGUGUCUUAGGAACACGAGGACCUAGCUACGGCGGGGCAGGAGGUGUCGUAGUUGGAGGAGGAGGUGGUGUAGUAGGCGGUGACAGCCCCAGACGGGUUGCUGUUCAAGAAGGUGGAGUACCUUUGUCCACCGGACACCAUCAUCACAAUAAUAUUGGGACGAGACCCUAUCGGCAAAAGCUAUCGACGGGCUGCGUUGAGGUCCGUCAUCAUUCCCACCACCAUCGGCACCACCCACACUAUCGCGCCCACCAUAGGGGCAUGACCAUGGGCCAAAAGUUAUCAGGUGGCGUGAAGAGCGUGACGCGCGAAAGCGGAGCCGGAGCAGGCGGCGGCGUUGGUAUCGGGGGUGGAGUUGCAGUAGCGUACAAACCCGUGGUACCACGAGAAAUAGCACAAGAUUUUUCACGACCAACUAGACUCGAUGUAUUACUUGACAUGCCAUCAGCCACCAAGGACACACAAGUCCACCAUGGGUGGAACGCUGAGGACAGAAGUCUCAAUAUAUUUGUCAAAGAGGACGACAAACUGACGUUCCAUCGACACCCCGUUGCACAGAGCACAGACUGCAUACGAGGGAAGGUGGGGUACACUAAGGGCAUGCACGUCUGGGAGGUGCACUGGAGCACGAGACAACGAGGCACUCACGCGGUGGUGGGCGUCGCGACGGCCGAAGCGCCGUUACACAGUGUCGGUUAUCAGAGCCUAGUCGGCAACAACGCGCUCAGUUGGGGCUGGGAUCUCACUAGAAAUAGACUUUAUCAUGAUUCGAAAAACUCACAGGGUGAUGUUUAUCCCUCGUUAUUGAAACCUGAUGAAACUUUUGUUGUACCAGAUAAAUUUUUGGUUGUCUUAGACAUGGAUGAAGGAACCCUAGCCUUCGUAGUGGAUGGUCAGUAUCUAGGAGUAGCAUUUCGUAAUUUAAAGGGCCGCAAACUCUACCCAAUAGUAUCAGCAGUAUGGGGCCAUUGUGAAAUAACAAUGAAAUAUAUCGGCGGUCUUGAUCCCGAACCACUGCCACUAAUGGACCUGUGCCGGCGAGUGAUCCGCCAGCGAGUCGGCAAACACCGGCUGGAAAAAAUCCAGGAACUAAACCUUCCUCAAGCUAUGAAAACUUAUCUCCUCUACCGCGACAGGAGGUAACCAAUUGAAGCUGAGGGUAAAAUAGCCACACUAACCAGCCAAACGAGCCCAUCGUCAUCGUCAGCGAAACCGCCAGCAGCAGCAGCGACAGCGACCGCUGAAAAUCUAAAUCUAAACCUAAAUCUAAAUACUAACAGUAAAGAUAUGAAUAUAAAUAAAAAUAAUUUUAUUAUUUCGACUGCUACUAAACCGCAUCGUCGCAACAAAAACCAGGACCUUGGUCUCAUGCCCACAAGUAACCGCGUGUCUCAUAUAUUUAUUGAAAAAAUAAAUAAUUGUUCUAUUAAAAUUUAUAAAUUACCAGAAGUGUGCGAAUAAUUUGAAAUUUAUUUUUUUUUUUUGUAGACCGAAUAUUAAAAAUUCGAUUUAAGCCCAUAUUCAAUAAUGCAAGUUAUUUGCAAAAAUUUGAAUAUUUUUGAAUUAUUCGUAAAAAUUAAAAUAUUUUGUAAAUUUUCAAAUACUUCAAUUUAUUGAUAAAUUAUCGAAAAAAAAUUUUGUAAUUUAUCACAUGUCAGAAUAAAAUUUAAUGUUCGAAAUUAGAACUAAGUAAUUGGAGUGUGAUCGAAUAAUUUGAAAAUUAAAUUGAGAAAUAAUUCAAAAUUUCAAAUUUGGAAUCGAAUAAUUAAUAUUUGAUUUGAAUAUUAUUCUCACAUCUACAAAAAAUUAAUUACGUCAUUAAUCUCAAUAAAUAAUUUGAAAAAUACAAGAACCAUAAUUAUUAAUGAUAAAAAAUCCGCAGAGUCGGUAAAUUAAUAAAUAAAUUAAUUAAUUAUAGAAAAUUAUUAGAUAAUUAUUUGUUAUUUUUUUAUGUUAUCGAUAUUUAAUUACAAUUACCAGAUUUUUAAAAUUAAUCGUUAGUACAAUGGUCAAAAAUAAUAUGAAUAAUUAUUAUUUCCAAGUAUUUAAUUUGAAAAAUAAUUAUCUACGUGAUAAAAAUAAGUGUGAUUUUGUUUUAUUAUUUUUUCUCUUAAUUAUAAAUAAAUAAUCAUUAUAAUUAAGUAAAUUAAUUAACGAAAAAAAGUAUGAAAAACCUGACCAUGAAAAUUAUUGAGAGACACGACGGAACCGAUUGUAAAAAAAUAAUCCACGAUUGGCCAGUAAAAAAAUCUAGACUUAGUCGAGCCGUGGAUUAUUUUUACAAGCCUUCGCUAGCUAGCGCUAAAUAACCAAUUAAGUAACAAUAUAUUAACAAAACAUCAGGUGCAAGUCUAGUCCAGCGUUAAAAGGCAUAAUUUAUUAUUUUAAUUGUGGGCACAUUUUUUGCGUCGACGAAAAUUUAAAAUUUAAAAAUCAAGUGCAACGAGCGGUUUCUCGAUAUAUAUAUAUACAUAUACAUAUAAAUAUAUAUUUUUAUAUCCCUGAUUAAAAACUCCAAUUGAAUCUGAUUCAAACUCCAUCGGAUAUUUAUCAGAUGGGUCGAUAAAUAUUUUUUUUUCCAAUUUCUGAUAAACUUUCAAUCAGAAUGAACCGAAGUUUUUAAUCAGGAGUAUAAAUAUAUAUACAUAUAUAUAUAUUAUGUAUAAUUAUAAAUAUAGAUAAUGGACUAAAUAAUUGCGAGUGUGUAUAGUGAUUUAUUAAGAUUAUUAAUGAUUAAUUAAUUAUUAUUAUUAUUAAUUAAUUAAUUAAUUAUUGGUUAUUAAUUAUUGAUAAAUUGACGGAAGAACUUUAUAACUUCCAUAGACUCAAAAAAAUAUUUUCUAAGCAUGUUAGUUUUAAACAUUGAUUAAUUAAUUUUAUAUAUGUAUAUAUAUACAUAUGUAUAUGUAUAUGUAUAUAUAUAUUAAUGGUGUGUAUGAAAUAAGAGGCAGGUUUAUUAAAUGAGUUCGAUGAUUAAGAUGAGGAUUAAAAACAAUUAGUAAGAUUAAGGUUCUUGUAUUUGAGCUAGAGUGUGCGGUUUAUGGUUAAAAUGAAAAAAAAAAAUAAAUGAAUAAAAUUUGCUUUUUCUAUAAAGAAAAAAAUUAAGAAAGUAAUUUAAGCUUAUGAAUAAUUUUUCAUAAGCUUUUUAAUGCGUAUAUUGUAAUUACAAGUUAUAAUUAAUGAAUAAAUAAAAUAAAAUAAUUAA